UCCAGAGUGGUUUGGUUCAAGGCACUUUCGGUGGCAUCAGGUAGACUGACUGGGAGCCAUCUGCCCCACCGCAGCAGCACAAUAGCUGCAGCUGGGCGCAGGUGCCUCCUGAAGCAGGGGAAGUCUCCUGCUUUCAGGUUAUCUCGGGCGUUUGGGCGACGAUGUCCUUUGGACACGAGAGCUUCGUGCUUUGCGAUGCUGGCACCUCCGGGUUCCCAAUCCUGCAUGCCAGCGAGGGCUACAGAGAGCUCUAUGGAGCAGAGGACAGGUGUAGAGACCUGAUGGACAUGCUUCAGAUGAAAGACAGCACUACGAAGGCUAUCGAGGAGGCAGAACUGCAGGGGCACCAAAGAGCAGAAGUGGAAGCGGCACUCAAAGUGAUUGCGGGUGUGGCCACUGAUGCCCUUGCAGCCAUUGCACAGCAGGGCCUUGACUUUCCUCUCCUUUUGGUGGAUCUCAAUGGCUCUGGUCAACUAUUCAGUUGCGAAAUUAGUUUGGUUCAAAAGCGCCACCCCGAGCUGGGCUGGUCAUAUUUGGUCGGCUUGCAGAGGAACGCCGCCGUUCCAGUGAUGCAAGUGUUGGAGGCGGCGAUUCGAGGUCGGGACAGCUACACCACACUUUGUCGCAAUUCCUGCUCGGCCUUGCCUGAUAGGAGUGGUUGGGCAGAACAGGUGGAUGACCACUGUCAUGCCGUGAUGACCCACGUUUGGCGAGCGGCUUUGUCACAGAAAAUAGCUGACACAUCAUGCAAGACCAAGAUCCAGGACUGUGAAGUGAAGACCCUGGCAAGUGUGAGCACCGCAUGUUCCAUGUCCAGCCUUAUGAAAACCGGGAAGCUGUCGGGUGAAGCUGUCCAUCCGUGGAACCCCUCAUGCUUUCACCUUGGUGCCAUUGCUCAACACGUUCCUGUACAGCCAGUUCUUGACAGUGGAGACCUUGAGUCGGAUGUCGACUGUCACUCUCAGGAGGACUCGGUGGAGCCCCUUGAGUGUGCGGCACUGGAGGUGUUGCCCUUCCAGAUGUUCGUUCUAGAUCCUGCGCAUCUGACCCUUCCGAUUGUCCUCUGCACACAAAGCUUGAACAAGGCCGCAGAGGAUGAAUUGAUGUUGCGCAGUUUCGACUCCAUCUUCAUGAAUGCUCGACUCGCCGGGGACGGCCUAGGCCUUUUGGAUGCUCAGGCCUCCUCCCGGUGCUCUGAACUUUCUCAGUUCUGGGCCUCCGCCCGCACGGGGGAGUUUCAUCACAUCAUUGAAUCUCAAGACUUCACGCCUCAAGGUGAGCUUCUCGCUUACGCAGACCUCUUGGGCAAAGGAGGCCUCAUUCCUUGCGAAGUCCAUUUGAAGCAAGUGGAGUUGGAUGACAAGAUGUUUGUGGUCGGAGUCGCAGCCGAAGUGGCCGCCAACGUUGCACCACUUUUGAACACCAAUCUAGAUCAAGUGGUAGAGGUGAUGGCGGCUGAAUUCUUCUACUCCGCACCCAUGCGCCGGCAGACCGCGGUGAUUCCCACAUGGCAGAUCACUGGGCAUGGGCUUAGUUUCAGUUGUUGUAGUUUUUUAAAAUAUCUUUUCAUAGCUUAGCUUUGCUUUUCUUAGACCUAAGGGAUUUUUGAACGGAAUGUUAAGGCUAUAUAUAUAACUCUUUCCUGCGAAGCACACAGUCAGAUAAUUGCGGAGCCAACCGCACCAUGUGAGGAAGGCAUAGGCAUGGGUGUGUCCUCAAAAAUUGCGCCAAACCAAGCCAUGUGCCAUGGGGCAGAUUGGUGUCCACAUCAAGCAAGCUCUUUCGCUUGGCUGACACACCCAUGCGUCGAAACCCUGGAAGGCACAAAAUAUGGUGCUCAGGAGUGGCUCUUUCCUGCCCUUUCUUGUCUAAGUCACCUAAGUCCUAAGAGUUCGAUGCCAGUUGUGAGAUCGUGGCGUUCCAGUUGGGGAGGGCCUGCCCAAUGCCGGGUUGACAGUUGAGGCUGAAGUGGUUUUGC